AUGAAGUGGAUGUUCAAGGAGGACCACUCGCUGGAACACAGAUGCGUGGAAUCUGCGAAGAUCCGAGCGAAAUACCCCGACCGGGUUCCGGUGAUUGUGGAAAAGGUCUCAGGCUCUCAGAUUGUUGACAUUGACAAACGGAAGUAUCUGGUUCCAUCCGACAUCACUGUGGCUCAGUUCAUGUGGAUCAUCAGGAAAAGGAUCCAGCUUCCUUCUGAAAAGGCAAUCUUCCUGUUUGUGGAUAAGACAGUCCCACAGUCCAGCCUAACUAUGGGACAGCUUUACGAGAAGGAAAAAGAUGAAGAUGGAUUCUUGUACGUGGCCUACAGUGGCGAGAACACUUUCGGCUUCUGAGGGCCGGUGCUGGGCUGGUGCAGCGCUCCCGCUGUGGAUCUUGUACAUAGCCGGCCAUUUUCAGUUACUCUACCAGAACC